GGAAACCUUCGGAGCGAACACACAGCACUGCAGACAGCGAAGUUGUGAAAUUAUUGUGACAUAACUUUCGAGGUCGCGUGCCAUCGCCUAUCUGGAUUGCAAUCGUGAAGUGUUAUCAAGUGUUUGUGAAAUAAAAGAAAGAACUGAACUUUGUGAAUCUGUGAAAGAAGUACUUAGUGAAAAUCUCGCAAAGUUUUCAACAACUUGUGAGAAUAUCAGUGAAAAUUUCACCCAACUCAAGGAGAGUUUCAACAAUUUGUGACAAUUUCGAGCUUAAGAGCAUCAGAAGCAGCAAGAUGUACAACGAAACUGUUCCCCUCAAAAGUGAGACCUUCAGCGGCGUGGCUGCUAAAAGUCCUGUCAGCCAAUGCAUCAAAACGGUGUUAAGGCGAGCCUGUGUGGAGAAGAGGUUGACUAUUGGCCUUCUUCCCGCCAUACAGUACCUGUCAAACAACUGCAAUGGAGCCCUGUUCUGCUUGACGGCAGAAGCGCCCCCUGGAGACAGCGCAACACAUAUGCACGAAGUCCUGCUCCAGGCGUUCUGCGUCGAAAACGACAUUUACGUCAUCAAGGUGGAUUCUCAAGAGAAAAUGCGGAGACUACUCGGUUGCAGAAGCCAAUCGGUCGACUUUAGCUGCGUGUUGGUCCACUUCCCGUACACAGACCCUUUUACGGACAGCCAAGAAAUUGACCUGUCAGUAUUAACUGAAGCCGAAAGAGACUUGGUCGACCACUGCGAAAAUACUUGGGGAUACUCCCAGAUGCCAGUUAUCAAGCUACCAGAGAAGUGAAUAUCGAAAAACGGCUUUUGAAUAAGGAAAAAAAAAUAUGACCAUUUUUGGGUCCACGCCGUCGGUCGGCAGCCAUUUUCGGCUUUGGCGUAUAACGCCAUCUAGUGAUCACUCUUUGAACUAUUUUGCUUUGUAUAAUGUCUAGGGAAAAUUAGUUUUGAGCUAGACUUUUAAUGGAUUGUAUUGUACUUAUAAAGUAUUUGUAAAUUCUUAAAGGCGUAUUGUAAAGCCAAAUUUGUGGUUAGGAAGAUGUGUAGAAAUUCCAGUAAAUUUUGAUGAAAAAUUGUGUAAAAUUUUUGCUCAUUGUCAGCCAUUGUGAGACUUUUCUGUCUUUGUACUGUUUCAAAGUUUUCUAACAAAAUAAGAAUUAUUGGUAAACCUUGUAAGUCGGUUAUACAGCCUUUAAAUUACUUAAAGCAAUAUAGUAGUGAUAAAAGAGUGGUGGAGUGAAGUUGCGUUCAGUUUUAUACUUUUGAUAAGAUAAUAUAAGUACCUUUUUAAUUGUAAGACUUUGAAUACUGAAGAAAGUUAAUAAAAUUAUAUUUUGUA